CCUUUAUUGCAAGUCAGGAGGACUCUGCGGCUGUCUCUGCGCAUCCUCUCCCCCCCCCUGCACACCGGGCAGCGAACUCCGAGACGUCCGAGUUCUAGGAAACACAAACGCAUAUUGGUCCUUUUUUUUCUUUUUUUGCACGGUUGUCACCGCUGCAGAGGGAGGGAGGGAGGUCUGCACACCGACCUCCGGGCUCCUUUACCGGGACGCAGCGCUGCGGUUGAUCCGGUUUUGGUCAUGGCGCAGCCGAGGAAACCCGGACACAUUCGGCUUGGAUGAAGGACGCGUUGCGCCUCGGAUUCACCUAAAACUUCCCCCUCACUGAGGAAACCUAGGAACCCCGACAUUUUUAUCCCCCCGUAGCACGCCUUGAUUUGAAUGAUUUGAGUCUCUGAUUUGGUAGGCUAAAUUCUGAACUCUCCCUUGGCCCGGGACGCAGGGAUCGGGUAAUCAUCAAGGCCCCGCUGGUGCUCGCUUUGGGCACAACCUUGCCUAAAAUACACUGAUCCUCUGCUGUUUUUCCCCCCAGCCCGCUGUGUGCUUGUUUGUGUGUUUGUACCCGCGGCAUUUGGAGGGGGGGCGGGGGCGGUGUAAACAGUGCCAGCAGCAGCAGCAGCCAUGAUGGAUGCGGCGGAGUGCGGGGUGAGGGUGAUGUGCCGCUUCAGGCCCCUGAACGAGUCCGAAAUAAACAGAGGGGACAAAUACAUCCCCAAAUUCAAAGAAGACGACACGGUGGUGAUAACGGCAAGUCUGUCCGCUCACUCUAUACAAGCUCUGUGUGCUGUCGUCUCCUACUCCGUGUGCCUGCCUUGUGUGGUCUCUGUCCUUCUUUCUGUGUCUGGCUUUUCCGAUACUGGUAUCGGGACAUCUUUACUUUUGAGAAAGCGUUCAGGGCAGGAGCCCCAGAAGCAUACACAUACACAUGAUUGUAAUAUCGUUGUAAUCAUGGAGAAGUGUUUUUCAUGCCUGUGCGUUCCAGAUGUGCUGGGCGGCUACAACGGGACCAUCUUCGCUUACGGACAGACGUCCUCCGGGAAGACACACACCAUGGAGGGCAAACUGCACGACCCCCAGCUGAUGGGAAUCAUCCCUCGCAUUGCCCACGACAUCUUUGACCACAUCUACUCCAUGGACGAGAACCUCGAGUUUCAUAUCAAGGUUUCCUAUUUUGAAAUCUACUUGGACAAGAUCCGAGACCUGCUGGAUGUGUCGAAGACGAACCUCGCUGUGCAUGAAGACAAAAACAGAGUGCCCUAUGUCAAGGGUUGUACUGAGCGUUUUGUGUCCAGUCCGGAGGAGGUGAUGGACGUCAUCGAUGAGGGCAAAAACAAUCGGCAUGUGGCAGUGACGAACAUGAAUGAGCACAGCUCUCGCAGCCACAGCAUCUUCCUCAUCAACAUCAAGCAGGAAAACAUGGAGACGGAGAAGAAGCUGUCUGGGAAGCUCUACCUGGUCGACCUAGCAGGCAGCGAGAAGGUCAGCAAGACGGGAGCAGAGGGAGCUGUGUUGGAUGAGGCGAAGAACAUCAACAAAUCUUUGUCGGCGCUGGGAAACGUCAUUUCAGCUCUAGCCGAGGGAACAAAAACCCAUGUGCCGUACAGAGACAGUAAGAUGACUCGCAUCCUGCAGGACUCUCUGGGGGGAAACUGUCGCACCACCAUCAUCAUCUGCUGCUCGCCAUCUGUCUACAACGAGGCCGAGACCAAGUCCACGCUCAUGUUUGGACAGAGAGCCAAGACCAUCAAGAACACGGUGUCGGUGAACCUGGAGCUGACAGCCGAGGAGUGGAAGAAGAAAUACGAGAAGGAGAAGGAGAAGAACAAGAGCCUGAAAAACGUCAUCCAGAGGCUGGAGGCGGAACUCAACCGCUGGAGGAACGGGGAGAACGUUCCUGAGGACGAGCAGCUGAGCUCUAAAGAUCAGAAGGGCGCUGAGCCAUACGACAACACUCCCGUCAUCGACAACCUGCUGCCGCCAGGAGGAGGCGUCUCGCUCCCCGCCGACGAGCGGAGCCAAUACGAGGACGACGUUAGCAACCUCUACAAACAGCUGGAUGACAAGGAUGAUGAGAUCAACCAACACAGUCAGUUGGCAGAGAAACUUAAGGAGCAGAUGAUCGACCAAGAAGAGCUGCUGGCGUCUACACGGCGCGACUACGAGAAGAUCCAAGAGGAGCUGUGCCGGCUGCAGGCGGAGAACGAGCUGGCCAAGGAGGAGGUGAAGGAGGUGCUGCAGGCCCUGGAGGAGCUGGCCGUCAACUACGACCAGAAGAGCCAGGAGGUGGGGGAGAGAGACCGAGCCAACCUACAGCUGGUGGAGGAGCUGCAGCACAAGACGGCGUUGCUGUCAGUGGUGCAGAGCGAGCUGAGUCAGCUGCAGGAGCUGAACGGCCUGCAGAGGAAGAGAGCCGCCGAGGUCCUCAACCUGCUGCUGCGAGACCUCAGUGACAUCGGCACCAUCAUCGGCACCGGCGACGUGAAGACCGCCGCAUCCUCGGAGACGAAGGGUAACGGCUCGGCGGUGGAGGAAGAGUUCACCGUGGCUCGCCUCUACAUCAGCAAGAUGAAGUCUGAGGUCAAGUCUCUGGUGAACCGCAGCAAGCAGCUGGAGAGCUCUCAGGCCGACACCCACCGCAAGAUCCAGGCCAAUGAGAAGGAGCUGGCGUCCUGUCAGCUGCUCAUCUCCCAGCACCAGGCCAAGAUCCGCUCUCUGACAGAUUACAUGCAGAACAUGGAGCAGAAGAAGCGGCAGCUAGAGGAGAGUCAGGACGCUCUGACCGAAGAGCUCGCCAAACUGCAGGCUCAGGAGAAAAGACACGAGGUGUUGGGAGAGGAGAAGGAGGACAUCAGCAGACUGGAUAGAGACGAGGACAUCGAGAAAGCGCUGGAGGAGCAGCUGGAGAAGCACCGGGAGGCUCAUCAGAAGCAGCUCAGCCGCCUCCGAGACGACAUCGGAGACAAGCAGAGAAUGCUGGACCAACUCACAGAUCUAAACCAGGGUCUGCUACUGGAGCAGGAGAGACUCAUGUCGGACUAUGACAAACUGAAGGCCAAAGAGCAGGAGAAGGAUGCAAAGCUACAGAAACUCAUACUGCUUAAUGAACAGAGGGAGCAGGCCAAAGAGGACUUGAAGGGCUUGGAGGAGACUGUGGCCAAAGAGCUGCAGACUCUGCACAACCUGCGCAAACUCUUCGUUCAGGACCUCACCACGCGGGUUAAGAAGAGUGCGGAGCUGGACUGUGAGGAGGGACUUGGCAACGUGGCCCAGAAACAGAAGAUCUCCUUCCUGGAGAACAACUUGGAACAGCUCACCAAGGUCCACAAGCAGCUGGUUCGAGACAACGCAGACCUGCGCUGCGAGUUGCCCAAGCUUGAGAAGCGUCUGCGAGCCACGGCCGAGCGAGUCAAAGCCCUGGAGAACGCCCUGAAGGAGGCCAAGGAGAACGCCAUGAGGGACCGCAAGCGCUACCAGCAGGAGGUGGACCGCAUCAAAGAGGCUGUGCGGGCCAAGAACAUGGCCAGGAGAGGCUUCUCCGCACAGAUUGCGAAGCCCAUCCGACCAGGCCAUCAUCCACCAUCAUCCCCCAUCAGCAGCUCCAUCAGAGCCGGAGGCGUCUACACCCACAACAACUGAAACAACGGACCGCAAAUAACUGCCGCAUGCUAAACCGCCCUACCUGGAACCACAAGCCCCGCCCCUCCUGUUGGAGCACCAAUGGGAGGCCAUCACGACAGACUGUCACCGCUCAGAGAAGCAACAUCCAAACAUCCUUAGUGUAUAUACUAAUAUAACAUGUAGACAUAUUUAAUUUGCUGAAUGUAGAUAUCAGAGGCCUCAUUUAGAAAAUGUUCUUUUCUGUGAUCCUCCUGAUUAUAGAUCGUUUCAUUUGUCUUCAUAAUUAUGCUCUCUGUUGCAUAAUUACAAGCGUAGCAUUUAUAAAUGAGGCCCUGAGUUUCUUUCUGAAGGAUUGAGACACAAACGAGAAGUUUAGCAGCUUUCCAAAGCUUGAAGAGCCAGGGAGAAUAGGUCAAUCUUUAGGGGUAUAGUUUAAUCUUAAACCAGCAUUCAUUUGUUUAAAAGGAAUAGUUUGACAUUUUGGGAAAACACGCCUAUUCCCCGAGAGUUAGAUGAGAAGAUGUAUACCACUUUGUCCAAUCAAUGUAAAGAAAAAAGACAUGAGAGUGGAAUCAAUCUUCUCAUCUAACUACAUAAGAAAAAAGUUUCUCAUCUUGAUAAAGUUGAAGGUUACAGCUCGAGCUAUAGUUCAGGUGGAAGUGAAGGGCAGCCACUUGUUGCAGACAAAAACAUUGACACACAGCUUGUUAACUGUUUGUGUUCCCCGCCUCUGCAAGGCCCUGGCUGCAUUCCUAUACUAACGCCUAAUAUCUAUGCUAAUACCGUGUGUUGACUUUGGAGUUUUUGUCACUUUUUUUUUUUACAUUGCCCUACGUGACAAUCGUCCAAAAAGAAACCCUGCGAUUCUUUAAAAAAUGUUUGUCCCCUGCUGAGAUAUUUUAACAGUUGAAAGGAUUUGUGAUUGGCUGUAUCAUACUGUAGUCCUGCAGGGACACUGACCAGCCAAUCAGGCGUUCCCAGGACUCAGAACAGUACUACAGUCUGGUUUGUUAUGUUACUAAAGUUCUGCACUCACUCUGUGAAGCUUCUGAUCAGCCAAUCAGAGAUGUUAAAAAACAGAGUUCAUGACAGACCUAAAAAAAAAAAAACAGCUAGAAGAAGAAGAAAAAUUAAUAAUUUUCUCUCGAAAACUCUCACUCUGCCACACCUUGUGCCUUUUGAAACCCCUGAACUUAUAUUUUCACAGGUAAAAAAAAAACACCUUGCAAGGUUUUGCAGAAUAACUUCCACUUCCUCUUUCCAAACUGAAAGCGGAAACAUUGUAAUCAGUGAGACCCCUCCACCCUCUAAUCAAAGAUAUAUAAAUGUCUGUGCUGUUUUGUCUUCGUGCUGCCAGUUUAGCAUGUUUUUGAAUGCACAAUACUAUCUUGAGAUGGUACUUUUAGUUGCUGAGAGCGAUGAUACAAAGGGGCAACUUUUUAGGCAACAAAGCGCCAGGAUCAGUGGUGGAGUCUACGUGAUACGCAGGUAUGAAUAUGGCGUACACCCACUAGGAAAGGUCAAGGAUUUCCGUGUACCCACUUAGAAAAGCGCGAGGAUAACGUUACGCAACGAAGAUUGUUUCGCGACCGAACUUUCACACUUUCGUCUGUGUUGCGAGUCGCGUAGGAACAAACAACAUGGUUGCUUGGCGGUCAUGCUCUGCGAAAUUUGAAAUCAAUAUGAAUCAAUAAAGGAGAUGUAUUUAACAAAAAUGUAACCUUAGCCUGCCCCUGAAGCUAUACUGCCGCUUCGGGUGACACUGCAGCAGACGUUAACGUUACAGAAACUACAGAACGUGAGGCGGCUGAGGCGGAUGCUAUACCAGGGUUUUCCCGCCGUUAUAAGGUUCAGGUGCAAAACCCGAGCUGUUUUGGGCAGCACCUAAAGCCGAAUGAAUGUAACUUAAAGACUUUUCUCAGAUCUAAUGAUUGUAGUUGGACUUCUUUGGCAACUUUUGUCUUUAAGCUUUUUGAGCGUUAGUUAUUUAUCUGCUCUAGCUUUUCCAGCGUUUUAGACACAGAUAUGGUGAUAAUAACAGUCCAAAAUGAUGUGAAAAAGAGCCGCAGAACUACCACAAAGGGACGCCAAAUGACCCCAGGGACCCCAAAUAACCCCAAAGGAAACAAAAUGACCAAAAAUAGACCCAACACGACUACAAAGAGACGCAAAAACCCACAAAGAGAGAAAAUCCCACAAAGAGAGAAAAUCCCACAAAGAGACACUAAAUUAAUGAAAAACGUCAAAUUUUUUUAAACCCCGCCGCCAAAUACGCGCACCUAAGUCUUACACAAACUGAGGGAAAGCACUGUAUACACGGUUAACGUUAAAAACAUAUGGGGGUGUCGCUCUUGGACGACCAAGUAUAAAGCUGGGAGGGGGAAAAAAUCACAGUAUACGCACUACAAAAAACUAGACUGCACCACUGGGCAGGAUUGUUGCCAAAGAAUUUGGUGACCCGCAGCCUGAUAAUCAGCUUCUUUAUUUGAUGUUUGAUGGUUUUGAUUGUGGCUGUUUGGAGAGAAGUGGACAGCUGCUGUCACACUGAACAUGACCAAUAAAUGAAUGGAAGUGCAUGGACUAGAGCUUGUGUUAAAGGCAUGCUCAGGGACACCGUGCAUUCACCUCAUCAUGAUGAACAUUUUGAGUUUGCUAAAAUGUUUUUUUGUUUGUUUUGGCCGUGGCAUCAUAUCUCCAAAUAUACCUACAACUGAUGCAAUUAAAGCUAAUAAAAGAUAUAUCUAUUUAACUUUCA